UAAGACAUUGUUUGACUUAAACACGUUUUAUUAAAGGGCAGUUGAAUAUUUUACAAAUGCUUUCGCUAUAGUAAUGUAUCUUGGACUUAGUAUUUAAAAGUCAUACAAAACAAACCAGCAAUGGUGGUUGGUAAUUGCAUGACAAGCUGCUUAAGUUGGACAAAAUGCAAGAACUUCUAUAGCGGACAAAUGGGUCCUUUAACAAGUUUCAAACUUAGGAUAUUACUUUGUUCGUUCCUGUUCCUUCAACUUGCGGAAUCUGGUCGCCGGGUUGCGAAUCCUGCCCGACAGCAAUCUGGUUGUCCGACGGACAUUUCACAACGUUAUUUUUCACGUCCACGUCCAAGGAGAGGCGACAAUGGAUUUCAAGUUCGAAUUGAGGGAGAUCCAGAAGAUUACGAACCCGAGAGAGAAUACGUUGUGACCAUUCAAAGUACAAACCCUGCUUCGUUUCGUGGAUUUAUGCUCACAGCAAAGCAUGCAAGCAAUGACGAACCAGCUGGCACUUUUACGCCAAUAAACUCUUACACGUCCCGUGUGUUGAGGUCUUGUCCCAGCUAUGCCACCCAAGUUACCAACGGCAAGAAGAAACGUGUCUCUGUAAGAUGGACAGCCCCUGCUAGAGGAUUUGGUUGCGUGGUGCUGGCGGCAAGUGUUGUACAAAAAGGUUGGAUAUGGUUUCGCCACGAAGGAAGACUGUCACUAAAUAUUUGUGAAAGAGAAGCCUUGCCUCCAUCAAAUGCAACCACGGAUUGUUGCGCUUGUGGAAAUGCUACUUACCAUAUGACGUUUUAUGGACUGUGGUCGCCGACCAGUCAUCCGAAAGAUUAUCCUGCGUUUUCUACGCACUGGUCAAACGUAAUCGGAGCGUCGCACAGCAGUGAAUACUCGAUCUGGGAUUAUGGAGAAUUUGCGAGUCCAGCUGUACAGAAAGUCGCGGAAUGGGGUUGGCCCAAUGACGUCGAAACCGAGGUGACGUCACAAGGAGAUCACGUGAUGUCUCUAAUCAAAACUCCAGCGCAAUGGCCAGCCUACCAACCGCGCAACUUGAGGAAUCCUCCAUCUGACACGUUUCAAGUUGAUCAAUCCCGCCACCUGGUGUCGUUGUUGAGCAUGCUUGGUCCAAGUCCUGAUUGGAAUGUUGGAAUAACAAAAGAGACGAUGUGCACGUUAGAGUGUGGUUGGAUUGGCACAAGGGUGUACAAUUUAACGCCGUGGGACGCCGGUACAGACAGUGGGGUAUCAUACCUGUCUGCGAACUCAGCCACAACCCCACAUGAGAGAAUACGGGCCUUAACAUCUGCCGACGACCCGGAAUCGCCGUUUUAUAAAGAAGGGGGUGGCAACAUUGAACCCGUGGCAAGAGUUGUUAUAACUCGCACAAGUUUAUCUGGUGGACAGUGUGGUCACAGUGAACCUGUUCUCAAGCAGUAUUCAGUCACGUCACAAUCAACCACAAGUGACGUCACAAUGUGUUCCUAUGGCCAGUGGAGCGAUUGGUCGGAAUGUGCUGUGACGUGCGGUUGGGGGAUCAAGACCCGAAGCAGGUCCGGAGGUUUUCGGAAAUCGCCAAGCGAAUGUGGGGCAACGAUGGAGAAGGAAAUUUGCCAAGGAAGCGGAGAAUGCGCUGGAGGUGCUGGAGAUUCUACUGUGUGUCUGUAUUCAGAUUGGAUUUCAUGGGGAGAUUGUAGUGUAAGCUGCGGUGCGGGGUUAAAGGUUCGAAAUCGUGUUCUGAUGUGGCCGUCGGAAGCCUCCAAUUGCAGGGAGCCGUUGAAAGAAAUGACAGAGUGUGCUGCUUCUUGUGGUCCGGGAGAUGCGUGCAAUUACUCGACGUGGGGGGAUUGGAUGCCAUGCCCGGUGACGUGUGGGGUUGGGCAAACCAUCAGGAAAAGAUCUGUCACGGCGGGUUCAGAUUGUAGUGCAGUCAUGCAGAACAGCAAAUGCAUGACGUCAAUGUCAUGUGACCAAGUCACAGUUGAUGUUGUCGGCUGUGUAUAUGCGGAGUGGUCUGAUUGGUCAGCGUGUCCAGUCACGUGCGGUAUUGGACAAACGUUUCGUAAGCGGAUGUUACUCAGUGGGGAAUCGACCUGCGAAGGUUUUCAAAUGCAGCAAAGCAAGUGUAUGACGUCAAUGACAUGCCCGAGUGACGACCAAUCAGCAUGCGAGUACGGAGAAUGGUCGGAAUGGAUGCCUUGCUCAGAAAGUUGUGGAAAAGGAGCAACUUUGAGGAAGAGGUUUCUUCUGGGUGAAGAUUCUUCUAGUAAUCAGUGCGAGGGUUUCGUCAUGGAAAACGCGGCUUGUCAUAACCGACCUUGCUCUAAUGAGUCAAACCACCAGCAAUGUGUCUUUCUAUCUUGGAACCCAUGGAUGCCAUGCUCGGUUUCUUGUGGCAAGGGCGAAACUCUUAGAAAACGUUUCCUCAACCAAUCAGCGAGUGUGGACGGCUGCGAAAGAUUUCAAAUGGAGCAAAAUCGUUGCAUGGUACCGUGUGACGUCACAAGUGCAACAACAUGCUUGUACUCCGAAUGGUCCCCAUGGGUUCCAUGCGUAGGAGGUCGACUGACUGGACAAACUACUAGAAAAAAAGUCCUAAAAUUUGCCCCUGAGGGACUGUCCUGUGAAACGUUUAUGAUGGAAACAGCGGCAUGCAUCCCUGUUCCUGUGACUGCUGAAGGGCAAAACCAAUGCUCAUCAACUGAGUGGUCCGAGUGGUCGACAUGCUGCAGACGAGAGCGGGAAACUAGAAAGCGACUACAGAGUUCGCCGAACUCGGGUUGUGUGCAUUUGGUAAAACGACGACGUUGCCAAAAUACUGAACCAUGUCCCCGUGACUGUGUAAUGGGACCUUGGAGUCGGUGGAGCCGUUGUAGCGUCCGGAAAGGAAGAAAAGUCGCCAUCCAGAUCCGGAAGAGACGAAUUCGUGUUCGACCUUUGUCUGCAGGUGCUCCUUGUUCAAGGAGAAAAGAAAAAAGGAGAUGCAACAGAAACGGCUGAAGUUGAUAAACGUUCACAUAACCCAUCCAUGUUCAUAACCAUCAGACCUAUAUUGGGCAAACUGGUGGUGCAUAUAACAAAGUACAGCGUUAACCAGAUGCAUAGAAUUAUUAAUGCAUCCCGUUUAUGCAGUCUAAAGUGUUGUUUUCGUGCCACUUAUUUUGUUAUGUUGAUUUGCCUUUCUGUGUUAAGUACAUCGCGACGAUUUUGAUUCAGUUUGUUGGAUUUUUUCUGUGCAGUGUUUAUUACCAAAUUCAAUACACUGGUGGUAAGGAAAGU